UUGGAGGCCUGGGAGGAGUUUAAGGCAGGAGAAGGGAUCCUUGCAGUGAAGGGCAGGGCUUUGGGAGCAGAGGCGGUCAGAGUGCUGGAGCCUGGCCCUGGGGGUGAUUGGAGGAAAGGGCUCAUCAUGAGGACCUCAGGGGCUGGAUCGGGAGGUGCUCUUGGGACUAGGAAGAGCCUUCCGGAGCGGGCUGGCAGGAAGCCGGAAGUCUUUGAGCUGAGAUCCCUCUGCCUUCCAGAAGCCAGCUCUGUGCUUGCAGAUCCCAGGAUUGGAGAGAAAAUGGCUCCUGGGAGCAGCAGACCCCUGGCCCAGGAGACAGUGACGUUCAAGGAUGUGGCUGUGGACUUCACCCAGGAGGAGUGGGGCCUCUUGGACCCUCCUCAGAAGGAGCUGUACAAGGAGGUCAUGCUGGAGAAUGCUCGACACCUGCUCUCCCUGGGGCUUCCUGUUCCCAGAGAAGAUGUGAUCUCUUAUUUUGAGCAAAGGGAAACACCAUGGAUGCUGGAGCAAGAAGGCCGGAAGCGCCGCUGUCCAGGAAAGAUCAGGCUUGAAAUAAAAGAGGCUCCUGCACAGAUAAACUUUUCUGUGGAAGAAACUCAGCAGCAAAGAUGCAUGAAUAAUGGUCCCUCUGACUUUGCUGGGAGAGAAAUCUGUGCUGUAAAGGAGGGAAUCCACCCUGGGGAGGUAACUUUUGAAUGUAAUCAGUGUGGAAAGACUUUCCUAUCUAGGUUCCGUCUUGUUAACCAUCAGAGAAUCCACACUGGAGAGGUAAAUUUUGAAUGUAAUCAAUGUGGAAAGACUUUCAAAUGGCGGUUUGAGCUUGUUAGACAUCAGAGAAUCCACACUGGAGAGAAACCUUUUGAAUGUAAUCAAUGUGGAAAGACUUUUACAUGGAAGUCUCUUCUUGUUACACAUCAGAGAAUCCACACUGGAGAGAAACCUUAUGAAUGUAAUCACUGUGGAAAGACUUUCACAUGGAGGUUCGAGUUUGUUAGACAUCAGAGAAUCCACACUGGAGAGAAACCUUAUGAAUGUAGUCAGUGUGGAAAGGCAUUCAGAAUGAGAUAUAUGUUCACAGAACAUCAGAGAAUCCAUACUGGGGAGAAACCUUAUGAAUGUAAUCAGUGUCAAAAGCCUUUCCUCUCAAGGUUCGAACUUGUUAACCAUCAGAGAAUCCACACUGGAGAGAAACCUUUUGUAUGUAGUCAUUGUGGAAAGACUUUCACAUGGAAGUCCAGUCUUGUUAAACAUCAGAGAAUCCACACUAGAGAGAAACCUUAUGAAUGUAAUCAGUGUGGAAAGGCAUUCAGAAUCAGAUACAAGUUCAUUGAACAUCAGAGAAUCCACACUGGGGAGAAACCUUAUGAAUGUAAUCAGUGUGGAAAGCCUUCCAUAUCAAGGUUUGACCUUGUUAACCAUCAGAGAAUUCACACUGGAGAGAAACCUUAUGAAUGUAAUCAGUGUGGUAUGACCUUCAGAAUCAAACAGAUGUUCACUGAACAUCAGAGCAUCCACUCUGGGGAGAAACUUCAUGAAUGUAAUCAAUGUGGAAAGACUUUCACAUGGAAGUACCUUCUUGUUACACAUCAGAGAAUCCACACUGGAGAGAAACCUUAUGAAUGUCACCAGUGUGGAAAUUUUUUCACAUGGAGGUCUCAGCUUUUUAUACAUCAGAGAACCCACACUGGAAAGAAAGCUUUUGAAUGUAAUCAAUGUGGAAAUACUUUCACAAUGAAGUCUAGUCUUGUUAAACAUCAGAGAAUCCACACUGGAGAGAAACCUUAUGAAUGUAAUCAGUGUGGAAAGACUUUCACAUGCAAAUCCAAUCUUCUUAACCAUCAGGGUAUCCACUCUGGAGAGAAACCUUAUGAAUGUAAUCAGUGUGGAAAGACUUUCACAUGGAGGUCCAGUCAUGUUAAACAUCGGAGAAUCCACACUGGAGAGAAACCUUAUGAAUGUAAUCAGUGUGGAAAGACUUUCACAUGCAAGUCCAAUCUUCUUAACCAUCAGAGUAUCCACUCUGGAGAGAAACCUUAUGAAUGUAAUCAAUGUGGAAUGACUUUCAGAAUCAAACGGAUGUUUACUGAACAUCAGAGAAUCCACACUGGAGAGAAAAUUUUUGAAUGUAAUCAAUGUGGAAAGACUUUUACAUGGAGGUCCAGGCUUCUUACACAUCAGAUAAUCCACACUGAGGAGAAACCUUUUGAAUGUAAUCAAUGUGGAAAGACUUUUAGAAUCAGACAGAAGUUCACUGAACAUCAGAGAAUCCACACUGGAGAGAAACCUUUUGAAUGUAAUCAAUGUGGAAAGACUUUCAGAUCCAGGUCCAAUCUUGUUAACCAUCAAAGAAUCCACACUGGAGUGAUACCUUUUGAAUGUAAUCAGUGUGGAAAGACUCUCACAUCUAGGUCCAAUCUUGUUAGACAUCAGAGAAUUCACACUGGGGAGAAAUCUCAUGAAUGUAGUCAGUGCAGAAAGACUUUCACAUCAAGUUCCAAUCUUGCUGAACAUCAGAGAAGCCACACUGGAGAGAAACCUUAUGAAUGCAAUCAGUGUGGAAUGACUUUCAGAAUCAGACAGAAAUUCACUGAACAUCAGAUAAUCCACACUGGAGAGAAACCUUUUGAAUGUAAUCAAUGUGGAAAGACUUUCAGAUGGAGGUCCAAGCUUUUUAACCAUCAGAGAAUCCACACUGGAGAACAACCUUUUGCAUGUAAUCAAUGUGGAAAGGCUCUAGCAUCCAGGUACAAUCUUGUUAGACAUCAGAGAAUUCACACUGGGGAGAAACCUUAUAAAUGUCAUCAAUGUGGAAGGAUGUUCAGACGCAGGUCCCAUCUUGUUAAGCAUCAGAGAAUCCACACUGGAGAAAAACCGUUUGAAUGUAAUCAGUGUGGAAAGACUCUCACAUCUAGGUACAGUCUUGUUAGACAUCAGAGAAUUCACACUGGGCAGAAACCUCAUGAAUGUAGUCAGUGCAGAAAGACUUUCACAUCAAGUUCUAGUCUUGCUGAGCAUCAGAGAAGCCACACUGAAGAGAAACCUUUUGAAUGUAAUCAGUGUUGAAAGACUUUCACAUGGAGGUGCUAUCUUGCGAGAUAGAAAAUCCACACUUCAGAGAAACCUUUUGAAAGUAAUCAAUGUGGAAAGACAUUCUGAAUCAAAUACAAUUUCAUGCUACAUCAGAGAAUCCACACUGUAGAGAAAUCUUGAAGAACAAUCUUAAUGUACAUUAGAGAAUCCACACUGGGGAGAAACCUUGUGAAUGUAAUCACUGUGGUAAAGUCUUUGUUGUAAAGUCAGCCCUUGUUUCUCAUCAGAGAAUUUUUAAGAGAUAGGAAUCUUUAACUGACAUGAAUGCAGAAGGGCCUUGCAAUGGACUACAGAGCUUUUUACACAGCAGAAAAUUCACUCCGGCUACAAGCCAUUCAUGGACUCAGUGUGAGAAGACCUUCAGCCAGAGUCCAUCUCUUAUUUUCUCAUUAGAGGAUUCAUACUGGAAAGAAACCUUAUGAAUGUGUUCAUUGGGGAUAUGCUUACUUUCUGGAACAUUGAGGUUCGUGGUAAAGGUUAAAUUUUUUGUCAGAUUGUAACAGAAUGGUGAAACAAAGGAAGAUAAUGCAUGCCAAAUCUCCAGCUUGCAAAACAAACAAAAAAGGAGGCAACAGGGUCAUGAACUGCAGGAUUGUGUGAAAGAAGACAUCUGGAUGUUCUCAGAAAUAGAAUGUCUUCAGAAUGAGGAAAAGGAUUUGUCAGUAUUAUGUGAACAAUGUUUGGAGAGGGGAAGAUAUCAGCAUUAUUUGACCUUAGAGUCCAUGCCCUACUAGUAAAUAUUGGGGAAAAUAAGUCUGAAGCAGCUUUAGAGACAGAUGUGACAUUACUAAAAGGGUCCAAACAGCCUUCAGUGGCUUUACAAUAUAACCACCUCUAGUGGUUGAUUAGAGAAACUGAAGCUUAGAGAUUUGAAGGAACCUGUGUGAGUUCUCUAAAAAGGUUCAAGACUAAAUCCAAGAAGUCCUUCAGUGUCCUUAGUAUCCAAACCCUUUAAAAAUGAAAGAAAUUUUUUUAAACCUCAAAAACCCUAAGAGAGC